GCAUCCUACUAAACACUUUGCCAGGCAGUGGCAGUGGUCCAGUGGAGCUGCUUCAUUCGGCUCCUCCUACUCCACCACUGCCACUCCACUCCACUCCGUAUGGUCUUCACGUAACACACCCAAGCUCGCCAAGACCAGCCCACCGAGCCGCCGGCGACGAUGGCGGGCAACGGCCUGAUCCUGUACCACAUCCUCGGCUUGGCCUCCUGCAUCGCGCUGGUCUACUUCUCGCUCGGCGAGGUGGACCUCCGCCUCUCACUGCCAGCCCUCCCGUUCUCCGGCGGCGGCGCCUCCUCGCGCGCGGCGUCCCUGCCCUUCGUGGAGCGGCGCGGCGCGCGCCUCUUCCUGGACGGCCGGCCCUUCUACAUCAACGGGUGGAACUCGUACUGGCUCAUGGACCUGGCCGUGGAGCCGGACACCCGCCCCCGCGUGCCCAGCAUGUUCCGCACCGCCGUCUCCAUGGGCCUCACCGUGUGCCGCACCUGGGCGUUCAACGACGGCUCCUACAACGCCCUCCAGCUCUCUCCCGGCCACUUCGACGAGCGCGUCUUCAAGGCGCUGGACCGGGUGGUGGCGGAGGCGUCGCAGCACGGCGUGCGGCUGAUCCUGAGCCUGGCGAACAACCUGGACGCGUACGGCGGGAAGAGGCAGUAUGUGCGGUGGGCGUGGGAGGAGGGCGUCGGCAUCACCGCCUCCAACGACUCCUUCUUCUUCGACCCCGCCAUCCGCGACUACUUCAAAGUCUACCUCAAGACGUUGGUGACGAGGAAGAACCAUUUGACGGGGCUGGAAUACAGGGACGACCCUACCAUCCUCGCGUGGGAGCUCAUGAACGAGCCCAGGUGCACCUCCGACCCGUCUGGCGACACACUGCAGCGUUGGAUGGAGGAGAUGGCGGCGUACGUGAAAUCGAUCGACAAGAAGCACCUGCUCACCGUCGGCACCGAGGGGUUCUACGGCCCGACGAGCUCUCAAGACAAGCUGAACAUCAAUCCCGGGGAAUGGUUCCCCAACAACUACGGCGCCGACUUCAUCCGCAACUCCAAGAUUCCAGAUAUCGACUUUGCCUCCGUUCAUGUGUACCCAGACAAUUGGUUGCAGCAUGCCAGUCUGGACGAGAAGCUCAAGUUCAUGACGCAGUGGAUCACCUCGCAUGUGGAGGACGGGGACAAGGAGCUCGACAAGCCCGUGCUGGUGACGGAGUUCGGGCUGUCGCACCAGGUGGAGGGCUUCGACGACGCGCACCGCGACGUGCUGUAUAGGGCGGUGUACGACAUCGUCUAUGAUUCGGCCAGGCGGGGGGGCGCCGGCGGCGGCGCCCUCGUUUGGCAGCUCGCCGCGGAGGGCAUGGAGCAGUACCACGACGGCUUCUCCAUUGUGCCCGUGGAGCGGCCGUCCAUGAUGCGGCUGAUCAAGGAGCAGUCGUGCCGGCUGGCCGCGGUGAGGUACGGCGAGGAGGGGGCCAGGAAGGUCCUCAAGACGGUGUGCAGCUGAUCGCUUUUUUGUUUUUAUACUCCGUAUCACGUCCUACUUUAAGUUCUUAUCCUCUGAAAAGAAAUCGGGCGACGAAAUGGGCGCCCAGAAAAUCAGUGCGAAAUCUCAAAAACAUAGAGUGUUGUGUGUGCGCAUCUGCGUGGAAAAGUUAUGCGCAGAUCGGCGCCGACGUCUGCAGAUCUGCCGACUCGGCCCAGUGGUUUUGUCUGUCUUUUGUGUGUGUGUUGUACGUGCCCUUGACCUUUGAUAUGUUAAAUCAUUGUCGAGUGGCAGAGGAAUCCAGUUAUAUAUAGUCAUCGGACAGUGUAUUUCUGCGCAGGGUUUUUAUAUCCCUGCCUGUAAGCAUAAUAAAAGGAGGCAAAUACAACACUGAAAUGGAGCA